UUCAAUUCAUUCAUAUUCUUCGAUCUGACGAUUAAAUUGUAUCAUCAAGGUGAUUCCUCGUACAAUUAUGCGUAGUGAUUCAUAUUUUUUCCCUAACUUGAAUAGAAAUAAUCAGAACUUCUUGUGUUUUUUAGGGUUCCAAUGGAGGAGACCAGCUAUAAGAGAAGGAAGCUAGUAGAGGAUGACGAAAACCACAGCAAAAUUCUUAACGAGUCUACUGAUAAGAAAGAUCCAAGUGCGGUUGAUGAAGCUCCAUAUGUAAUUGUAGUCCAUGGACCUCCCAAGGUUGGGAAAUCUUUGUUGAUUAAGUCUCUAAUAAAGCAUUAUAGAGGUCAAUAUCCUGACCACAUAGGAGGCCCCAUUAGGAUACCAACAGGUGACCGAAGACGGAUACAGUUUGUGGAGUUUCCUAAUAAUAUGAAUGGCAUGAUUGAUGCUGCAAAAUAUGCAGACGCUGUGAUAUUGCUCAUUGAUGCAAAUUAUGGGUUUGAAAUGGAAACAUUCGAGUUCCUUAACCUCUUACAAGUUCAUGGCAUGCCAAAGGUUAUGGGGGUGCUUACAUAUCUUGAUGAGUUAGAAGAUGCAGAAACGCUUAAAAUAAUCAAAGAGCGUGUCAUGAACAAAUUCAGGACUAAUAUACAUGAAAGAGCAAUAAUAUUCUGCUUGUCUGAUGUCCAUCACGGGAUAUAUCAUAAGAAUGAAAUUGACGAAUCGGCAAACUUCCUAUCGGAAUUUCAUACUUUGCCACGGCGUGCUGCACAUCCUUAUUUGCUGGUAGAUCAUUUUGAGGAUGUCACUUCUCCAGCACUCGUGCAUAUGGAUGGAAAAUGCAAGAGGGACAUAAUUUUGUAUGGUUAUCUUCGAGGUUGUGAUAUCAAGAAAGGAACUAAGGUGCAUAUUGCUGGUGUUGGUGAUUACCCUGUAGCUGAUGUUACAAUUUCAGCUGACCCUUGCCCUUUACCACCUGUUAACGGCUAUGAUAAGAAGAUGCAGAUUAAUAUAGUGCACAAUGAUCUUGAUGAGGAAUCCCGCUUUGAGAUUGACAGUUUCAGAUUAGGGACUUACCUAAGGUUUAGGGUUCUUGGCGUUCCUUUUGAGAUGGUUGCAAAUGACGAUCCCUGUCAGCCUAUUCUCGUUGGAGGUAUCAGUCGUGCAGAAGAUAAUGUUGGACAUAUGCAGGUGAGACUUACGCGACACAGUUGGCAUACGAAUAGGCUGAAGACAAAAGAUCCUAUCAUUGUUUCCGUUGGUUGGAGAAGGUACCAAACGACACCCAUCUAUUACCAAGACUCCAAUGGACGGCACGUGAUGCUUGAAUAUACUCCUGAGGACCAACCCUGUCUUGCAACGUUUUGGGGCCCUCUCGCACCUUCUGGUGCUGGAGUUGUUGCUGUACGGAGCUUGGCUGACAGCAAGGCACCAUUUCGGAUUUUAGCAACAGCUGAGUUACUCGAUUUAAAUCAUACUGUGAAAAUAGUGGAGAAAAUCAAGCGGAUUGGAACUCCUUGCUUGAUUUUGAACGAGACUGCUCUUAUCAAAGACAUGUUUACAUCAGAUGAUGAAGUCGAUCAGUUUAGAGAUGUCAAAGUUCAAACUGCAUGUGGAAGGGGAGAUCAAUGAGGAGAUCCAGCAGUCCUGUCUGUGUUCCUAGCCGUAUUGCUAUUGUGCAGGCUGCCAAAUCAUAUCUCCUUAAUUUUGUGCAGUGGAAUGAUGGUCAACCUAGAGAAGGGAUUGCUAAGUGCACGUUCGAUCGCAUAAUUCGUAUGAGUGAUACCAUCCUCAUUUUUGAGUGGACCCAAGUUGAGGUUCCUUGCAUCUUUAACCCACUAACAACAGCCCUGGAACCUAGCAAUCGUGUUUGGCAAUGCAUGGAUUCAGUUGACAAGAGGCAAAAGAAGCUGAACGAAACUAAGGAAAGUAAAGCAUAUGCGUUGGUGAUAGUGGGGGAAAAUGUAGCACCAGAGGACCGGAGAAAAUUGUUGACAGAUGUCUUCGGUAAGAAGCCCAAUAGGCGGCAGACCCUCGAACAACGGCGUGCAGUGAUCAUCGAGAGACCGAGGUCGCUUGAUUUGCAGGCGCGCAAGGAGUGGGUGAAACAGAUGAUGGAGCGCCGUAGUCAAAAGAUGGGUCCUGGGAUGAUUACUACUGGGUGUAUGUAUGCCAGGUUUGAGACUUGAGGUAGAUGUCUAAACAGGAACAGCUGGAGGAGUAUAGAGAGCUACUAUUCCUUGAUGUUGCUGUUCAGGUUUCCCUUGAAGUCUAAUUCCUAGAGUUCAGUUUGCUAUUAAGUUUUUAAUCUUUUUUCUAUUAUCGUCUCCUUCAUCUGGGGUUGUAUGAUGUCAUGCAGACUAUUUCCUAGAGUUUAAUUAGCUGUUUUUGUUUAGUUGUUGUAACCGUCUCUGUGAUUGUUCACAGCUAUUGUGGAUCUGAUAUUUAUAUAUCCGUAUGUUAGUUAACUCUUGCGCACUUCUCUCUCAAGGAGUGCUUAGUGCCA